UUCAGCCCUCUAAACACUCCCCAGAGGGGACAGUGGGGGGGAAAAAGCAGUAUUGAGCUUCUGAAAUAAGAGCCCUCCCUGUAACACAGCUGCGCCUUCACAAAAGUGGACAUUUUGUGCCAGCCCACCCCCUUGCAUCCAGAUCUUUCAGACACGAAUAAAACUUCACAGGAUAGUGCGAGCGGCCAUAGCCUCCACAGACAUGGGGCUUCUGCUGAGAGAUGAUGUUUUUGUUGACUUUUUCAACACGUUUCUGAAUCUUCCCGUUUUUGGCCAGACACCCAUUUACAUCAGUGGCACGGGCCAGUGGGACCUCUGGCCAGGGCUGUCGAGCCACCUGGAUCCCAGCCCCACGGCUUUACUGGCUUGGUUGGAAAAGCAUCGGCUGCCUCACUUCUGCAAAUCCAGCCUGUGCCUCCACCUCGUCCUCUGCCAGAAGCUCCUGGGUUUCAUUCGGUCGGGGGAAGCAGCAGAACUCCUGAACUGGCAAAGCGCUGACCAGUGGCUGCUGGAGAAGUGCAUCAGCGGGAGCCAGGGCAUGCGGCACUUCCGAGCCUUUGUCCAAGGAACAGCAGGGGAAGAAUUGACCGACUUCUGGCUCACCACUGAAAGGCUCCUGGGUCUGGAUGAGUCAGAUACGAGUCAGAGGGACCUCUACCUGUCCUUGAUCCACAGGCUGAAAGCCUCUCACCUGCGUGAAGGCUCCAGUGUCAUCACCCUCUGCACGACCAUCGCUGGAUCACUGCCGAAAGCCAAGCACGUCCAGUCCAUCAGCAAUAGAAGAGACAUCCUAAGAAAGAUGCAGGAACAGGUCCUCUUUACGAUUCAGAGUUACUGGCUCCCUAAAUUCUUCACCCACUGCAAAAUGGGAAUAGAGGAAGAGGAAUCAUGCCAGCCUUUGCUGCAGGAAUAUCAGGAGCGUUUAUUACAGGCUGACUGGCAGGAGCCCUCAGGCUUUUUGGAGACCCCCCCCAAGAUGCAUAUCAAAAGGAGACAGGGCUUGUCAGGGCCCUACUGCGGCCAGAAGGCCAAAACAAAGAUCUGGGCUCUGGUCAAGGAGAGAAGAGGCACCCAAGAAAUGAAGAUACCCCGUUUUCGGGUGAAACCAGAAAGGCAGCCAGGGUCAGCUAGGAGCACAAGGGAACUGCAUCUGGAUAAGGAUGCUUUGGGAUCAAUUCCUCAGCAGUCAGAGCAUCCUGCAAAUGCUGCCUUUAAUGGCAAAGGGGGAGUAACUCCUCCCGGAAGACCUAGUGCAGAGCAGAUCAGUCAUCUGGAAGACUUCUGUGAGGAAAAAGUCCUCUCUAACCUGCCUUCCUCUGCACCUCUUGUCCAGCUGCCACCCCUGAAAGGGUCGGCCAAGACCUUGAAUUUCCUUCCCUGGGCCCUUAGUGCUGACACUUGUGCAGGACAACCCUUCAGAGACUUCUUGAAGCACCAGGACCGGCCCAUGGAGACUCAUCUCCUGGACCUGUGGCAUGACCUGGAGGAAUUUCUGCCCGUGGUGCUGGACUCCAGCAGAGAAAACAACUUCUUCCUCCGUCAUUUGACCGGGGAUAAGAUAUGCAAGUCCUACCUGGAAGAGGACAACAUUGAGAAGCUUCCCUUGGAGACCAGGACUCUCACGAAUUUGUGGAACCAUCUGAUAUUUGGAGAAUUCUCCCCCUGGAUAUUCAGAGCCCAGAAGGAGAUUUGCAAGGUGCUCUGCUGCUUCUAUGAGGAAUUUCUGGCUGCUGAUGAUAGGACGUUCCUCCAGUUUAUGUCUCCAGGUGGUGAUGUCCCAGUGCCCGAGAUGCAAGGCCACACUACUGACAGGAGUGAAUGUUUCCUCCUGUCCCAGAGGAUAAACCAGACCUUGAAGCUGUGCCAGGCCUUGCAUGGCACAAGGAACUUGGAAGGUGUCUCCUCCGAGUACUGGCAAUUACUUGCUUCUCGAGACCUCCGGAAAGGGGGCUCCACCCAGGCAGAGAUGGAACUUCUCCUGUGCAGCCCUGACUUCCAGAAGAUGAUGUCGGAGGAGCUGGCUGUGGAUAGCCCAAGCAAGGAUGAUGAGCUUGUGCGUCUCCUAAGUGCAUUACUUGCUGCUGGACCCGAGGGGAGUGUUGGAGCGAUGAAGCUCCCCACUGCUGCAGUAAAGAAGCGAGCUAAAAGACACAGGGUUAAGCAGCAGCAACAGGAAAGGCAGCAGGAGGAGCAGGAGGAGGAGCAGCUGCAGGAGCUGCUUGCCUUGAACAAAAAGCCGAAGUCCAGGCGUCGUGUGCAGAGAACCACCGCUGUCCGGCACGAGGCACGGAACAUCAAGACACAGAAACUCAAAGGAGAGAAACUCAAGACAGAGAACCUCGAUACAGAGAACCUUGAGGCAGAAGACCUCGAGGCAGAGAACCUCGAGGAAGAGAGGAUGCAGUGGGCCUGGGAUGCCAUUCGUGAACUCGUCAGGAGCUUCUGCAAGUUCCAGAGGGAGAUGGAAAAUGACGAACGCCGUGCGGAGUUUGAGAACUUUCUCUGUUGGGAACGAAGAAACCAGAGGGAAAACUUGCCUGUGAGCUCAAAGCAGAGCAAGAGGCCCGUGAGUACUUCCCGCAAGGGCAAAGCCCGCCUGGAAAACGCGGUGCUGGUGAAACGCUGCAUAUUUGACAAAGAGGUCAUUGUCGUCAACUUCCUCGUGGAUGACCUCCACUUUUACCUGGAGAUGGACAAGUUUUCUCGAAUGGCUGAUGCAGUGGAAGCUCUGGCAGCCUGCAACAUAGUGUCAGAAAGGAAAAUUGCUUUUCUUAAAAAGAAAGUUGCUGUCAUCAACAAUCUCUUCCUAGACUCCGAUAUGCCCCCGAAGCUGCGGGUGAACAUCUCUGAAAAAGAGAGAGAAUUGAUCUGGCGUUUAUCUUCCAAGGGGCCACUGACCCGUGCCAUCUACCACAAGGCCAAGGCCACCAUUGUCCCCAUCCUGAUGUACUUCUGGAAAAGGUUCUGCAUCUGGAAAGUGAUGAGGAGCUUUCGGGUCUAUGAGCAGGACAGGAGCUUUCAGGCCUCUAAGAAGGACAUGGUGCCAGUCUCUAAGAAGGACAUGGUGCCAGUCUCUAAGAAGGACAGGGGACCAGUCUCUAAGAAGGACAGGGGACCAGUCUCUAAGAAGGACAGGGGACCAGUCUCUAAGAAGGACAGGGGACCAGUCUCUAAGAAGGACAGGGGACCAGUCUCUAAGAAGGACAGGGGACCAGUCUCUAAGAAGGACAUGGUGCCAGUCUCUGAGAAGGACAGGGGACUGGUCUCUAAGAAGGACAUGGUACCAGUCUCUGAGAAGGACAGAGUGCCAGUCUCUGAGAAGGACAGAGUGCCAGUCUCUGAGAAGGACAAGGUGCCAGUCUCUGAGAAGGACAAGGUGCCAGUCUCUUCGCUUCCUACGAAAACCUCCUCCAAAUUAUCCAAGAUCCGCACUCCCCGUCAGCCAAGGCCCAUUCCCAUUGCUCCAGGUUUUGCUCCAGGGAAAAGCCCUGUCCUUGUCUUCUCGCUCUCAGAAGGCCUCCAGAUGCUGAUGCCAGAGCCCCAGAAGAAAACUGAGCCUUUGGAGGAGCAAGAAGAUGCAGAUAAAAAUCUUGAGAAGAGGCCCUCCCUCAGCAAGUGAGCGGGUACCAAGGAAAGGACAGCCCUCCCUAGAACAACAGCCCUCCCAAAACACCACCCACAGGGAGUGGUACAGGGCUGUGAUCCAAGGAAGCUGAGCAGCCUGGCCACACUGAAUAGUUUGCACUUAAUCAGCAGGAAGACCUAAAAAUAAAGCAACUUCAGCUUACCUGGUAACAUAGCACAGCAACCUGAACCUCUCAACCGUGACAGGGAUAUGCCACAACAUGUGCUUCUAGCCAAGGAGACACCCUCAUCCACACAAAUCUCCUUCCUCACAUGUAUCUGUAAAAUGUAUCUCAGCUCCUCCCCUCUCUCCACCUUCCACACAAAUCAAAUACUUCCUGUGGUGGCAAGGCUGAGAGAGUCCACCUGGUUCACUACCCAGCUGUCCCUGGGUGAUG